AUGCUGCAGGAAUUGUCGCAUAUGGAUCGCAUCACCCAACUUCAAGAUGAGAUCCAGCAGCUCCUAACAAUCAUGUCCAGCAGUAUUGCAUACCUCACUUCUCGUGUCAACUUUACGCAGGUUAGCCAGGAGGUACCGAUUACAAAGUCGCGCAAGUCGGACAAGGUCGAUCCUCCGGACGUGUUUGAAGCGAACAAGAAGGAACUCGUCACCGACCUCCUAGUUAAGGCGAAACAGGUCGAAUAUCUCAUACAGUCUCUGCCCGAACCAGAAGCAGAGGAAGUGCAGACCCUCGAACAGGAGAUGUACGAAGCCAAUGCGGAUUAUUACAAUGCUGUGCAGCGUGCCAAGACUCUGCACCAGCAAUUAACGACUGUCCUGCGAACAAUGCUAGACGAGAAGGACAUGCCGGACUGA